CAUGAUGAUUUCCGCUUCCGGUGUUCAAAGGGCAAGCGGGAUGUAAACACCGGGCCAGGGUAGUGGUCAUCAGGUAACAGGGGCUACCCGAUUCGUGGUGGAAACCGGAGGAAAAGCAGGAAAAGGAGAAUGGCUUCCUUUGGAUGGAAGAGGAAAAUUGGUGAAAAGGUCUCAAAGGUCACUUCCCAGCAAUUUGAAGCUGAAGCUGCUGAUGAAAAGGAUGUAGCUGAGAAUGAUGAAGGGAACUGGCUUCAUGCCAUUAAACGUAGGAAAGAAAUUCUCCUUGAAGGCUGUGCUGAGAAAAGUAAACAACUGAAGGAUGAAGGAGCAAAUUUGGCUGAAAAUAAAAGAUAUCGAGAGGCGAUUCAGAAGUGGGAUGAAGCACUACAGUUAACCCCAAAUGAUGCUACCCUAUAUGAGAUGAAAUCACAGGUUCUGAUGUCUCUUCAUGAAAUGUUUCCUGCAGUUCAUGCAGCAGAAAUGGCUGUUCAGAGAAAUCCACAUUCAUGGGAGUCUUGGCAAACUUUGGGGCGUGCUCAGCUUGGAUUAGGAGAGAUAGUCUUGGCAAUUCGAAGUUUUCAAGUAGCCCUUCACAUCUAUCCAAUGAACCCUGAAAUAUGGAAAGAAGACCUUUCUUGGGCAAGAACGCUUCAGGAGCAGCAGAAGGUAGCCCAGAGGAUUAAAAAAAGUGAAGCACCAGUGGAAGUAACACAUAUCUCUCCAAAGUCAAUUCCUGACUACGACUUUGAAAGUGAUGAGAUUGUUGCUGUUUGUGCAGCUAUUGCUGAAAAACAGAAGACAGUUUCAGCAAAUAAAACAAUGGUUAUUGUGUCAGCUUCUGGUACUGUAGAGACUGUAACUGAGAAGGAAGAUGGUGCUCUACCACCAGAUGGCUCUGUUUUUAUCAAAGCCCGAUGAAGCAUAGAAAUUAUUUGAAUCUAUCUUUUUGAUUGCCACUUAAAGCUUUAGGCAUAGGGGCAUUUACUCUGGAGAAACAUAGAGAAACUCCUGUUUGUAAAAUAAAUUUUUCAGAUGAGGUAUAUAAAAACUAAAUGGUAGAAUUAUUGUACAGUGUUUGGACUAUGCUUUGAUAAGUUAUGAUUUAAACUUCUUAAAAUUAGAAUUCUGAACAAAAUGGUUUUUGAUUAAUAAAUAAUCCAAAUAUAUAAGUGAAUACAUUUUAAAGACACAACUUGAAAAGUAAAUUCUCAAAUAGUGAAUAACUUGAUGGCCAGUGUUAUUAAAAUGUUGACUUGUUGACUUCUGUUUUAUGAUAAAGGAAGUAGGUGAUUUCUUUCCCUCCUAAAAAUAUACUGCUGUUACAAUUCUUUCUUCUGUUUUUCUUCUUUCAUUAGGGUAAGUCUGUCACAAAGCUUGAAAAUUUUUGACAUUCAUUUUGAUUCAAAAUUGUCAUUUGGUUAUAUGUAGACUCUUUGAAAGUUUGGCUGGAAAUGCAUGCGAAUGUGUACAUUCUGAACAUUUUCUGUAGUUUCUCUUAAUUCUGAUUUGUGCUAAUGUUUUGACUUUAAAAUUAUAACCAUGGUAGUUGCCAUCUUCAGUAUUUGUUAGAUGUGUGAAGUACAGAUAAAUGUAAGAAUGAUGGUUUUAUUUUUUUAAUUGUUAAAGUAGAUAGUCCUUACCACAAACGAGUCAUUUUUAAGAUGUGCAUUUAAAAAAAAAAAAAUGAAUGGCCCUUUAAGCUACAUUAUAUAUUGUACUGCAAUGUUGUCCUAGUCAAAGCAGUAUUUUAUUUUAAACAGCUUAAAAACCUUGAAAAUAACUUGCUUUUGCUUAUAAUUUUUCAGCUAAUGGUUUGGAAUUCCUUUUUAGAUAACUUGUUCAUAACUACUCAGUGAAACGAGAAAUGAUCACAAUUUUAAACAGCUAAAUUAUAUCUUUCUAAAAAACAACAUAGAAAUGUUAUUGUUAGAGUACCAAUGAGUGAAUAAGUUAGGUACAGCAUAAGUGGAAACUGAAAUGUAAUUUACGGCAUGAUCGCACGAGUAGAGAAGGAUAUAUUGAAGAAAUAGUUCAUUGAAACAUUACAGUUAUGUCCACAAAUCAAUAUGGUCAUUGCUAACGUGAAUUAUUUUAUAUUAUACAUAUUGUAGUACAAUUAUAUAGAACUACUGGGUACUGUUACUUCUGACACUCAGGAAUCUAUUAUUGGUGUAAAAUUAAUUUUAUUCUUGUUAAAGAUGAAAGUAAGUUACUUUAUUUUCAGAAGUCUUAUUCUGUUGGAGCAUGUAAGUAAUUGUCUAAAUUUUUCUGAGAUGAUUUAAAAAUUAUUUUCUUUUAGCGGAAUGUUUACCUCUUUUUCAGAAUCAGAGAAGUUAGCACUUGCCUUGAAAAGUAUUAUAUUUUCCCCCAUAGUUACAUUAUAAAAUUAGCUCUGGUUAGAGAGGUUAAUUUUAGAAUGAUCCAAAAAACAAAUAUUAUUUGUUAUUUUAUUUAAUAAGAAAUAUUCUCAAACGUUAGAUAGUUGGGUAUCUAGAAAAGUGAGCACUUAUUUGGUAUGUUGUUUUGAAUAAUGAGUGUUUGUUUAUUGUGUAAUUUGUGAAUAAAUAGUUUUCUUCUAUAUUUUAAAGAUUUGCCUAUUUUGUGCUGUUAGCUUUCGAAAAAUUAGAUUGAUUUAUUAAUUUCUUUCUUAUAUGAAAAUAAAAUAUGUAAAGCACCUUGUAUAAUAUCUCACAUAUAAAGUACUCAGUAAAUGCUAGCUUUUUCUUUGAAGAACUUGAAUUAGUUUUAACUUCAGUUUCUUCUAAUUUUAAGAAAGGAAGAGAAAUUCUUUGUAAUCUUUCCUUUGUUUAAAAGUGAGAAGUCACUACUUCUGAUAUUAUAGGACAGAUGGUUAUCAGUUGGGGAUUCGUCUUGGUAUAAAGUCUAUGCCUCAACCCAAAAGAGGCAAGACCCAGGAUGGGGUACAUAUAGCCACUAUAUGAUGUUUAAAGACCCUGUGUUUCCUCUCUAUUGACAUUGGUAGGUCAGAAUCGUCUCUUCCUUACUCAGAUAUAAGACAUAAGAUGGUUUACACAUAAGAUAGAGGAGGAAAAAUAAUAGUGAGUUGUGGAGAAAGAAAGCAACUUUCUUUUUUCUAGGCCAUAAAAGAUGCUUAGCUAAUGCUCUUCAAUGCCUGAAGAGAAAAAUGUAUACAUUAUUUUAUAAGGAUGUGAAUAUUGAUAUCUGACAUUUACUAAGCUUGUUAACUGUAAUAACAAAUUAUUUGAAUCUGAAAGAAAAAUAAUUCAUGUUCAUGAUAGUAAUAUAAUUAAAGAUGUUUAAUAUACUUUCUGAAACAACACUAAACACUGAAAUUAACUCGAUUAUAAUUUGUAUUUUUCUUGUUUGAAAAUUAUAUGGCAUAGACACUCAUUAGUCAGAACACUACUCGCCAAGACUGUGCCUGAUAAUUUGAGAUUAUUUAGUAUUCUCUAGACAAUAGGUUCUUAGAUUAUAUAGAAUAUUUAUUUUAAAUGUACUAACAAAUACUACAUAAACUUUGAAAAGUCGUGCAAGAACCUAAAGCUACUACAGUUGAGGUCUAUGUCAAAAUUGUAUGGCAGUCUCAGUAGGAAAAGCUUUUAAAUUGAUGUUAUAUGGCAAAACUAUAACGAAGACUUAAAAAUGUUUUGUCUCAGAAAGCUGGAGUUUCCAUGAUUAUAACCGAUUAGUAUAGCCUUUUUAGUUUGAAAAUUAUGCUUUAUGUAAUGAUGUCAGAACUCGUUUCAUUGCCAUUCCCGGCAGUAGGAAAUUGUCAUUUCUUUAAUUUCAGGCUUCGUGAGUCAGAAGCCCUUCUAAACUGACUCUGGACUUUGAUUUCAUGACAUAACGUAUCUAAAUGAGUUGUGAAUUGACACAAGAGCUAUAGUUUGGUAAUUAUCUUCAAAUCAAUGGCUACAGUAAAUGUGUUUUUUUCCUGAGAGAUUACUAUUAAACUGAUGGUGUAUUUUGUAAUUGAUGGCAUUUUAGGAUUGACAAAGUAAUGUUUUCUUAACCAGUAAUAAAAUAUAGAAAUUUGUAAA